AGGUGCUGCAGUUCCCUCGAGGCUUCGGGGAAGGAAAAAAAAAGAAGCAAGGAAGGUGCCUCUGAGUCUUGGCUGGUCCCGGCCGGUCCUGAGCAUGCGCAGUGGGCACGGAGCAGGGCGAAAGAGCGGGCGCGAGCGCAGGGCUGGUGGCGCGCGCUCUCCCUCACCACAGACUUGUCCUGCAGCAGCUGCUUGGAGAAAGAAGCGCAUUAGAAAGAAAGGUAAAAGAAACGCUGACUGGAAGAAGAAGAAGCCGUUUCUUGUACUAUAUUGUAGAGCGGGAAAGAGAGAGAAACAUCCCUGCAGGUUUAGAUCAGAGUUGGGGAUAUACCUGAAAAUGCUACAAUCAAGAAUAAUGAAUCAAGAUUGAAGAGUCACUUGAACAAUUAUAAGGAGAUUUCCUGAGAAUUCUGCUGAUUGGGAAAAUGAAAAGCUAGAGGUACAAUCAAAAAUGAAUGUUGAAGAUACAGAAGGAAAGGACUUGCAACCUCCUUUAACACUCAAGGAUGAAAAUGGCAAUAAAUGUGUGUGCAACACAGUGGCUCUGAAUGGAAGUACUGUUAGCCACCACUAUGCAGAAGACGAAGACUACAUUAAAGUUAAGGAUGGAAGUGAGACAAAAAAUACUUCUCCGUAUUCUCAGUGCAUUGAAGUACAAGACCAGCAGAACAUUGCCAGUGACUAUAUCUGCAUGGGGACUUCAGAUCUAGAAACUACACAUAUCAUUUCUCCAAAAGAACCAUUUUACAUGUAUGCCUUGAAUCAGACUUUCUCAGAACCAGAGAGCCUUCUCAAAGACAGUCCUGCAUUAAAGGACACCCAGGUUUGCAGUACUGAGGAAUCUGUGCCUUACUGCCAGGCAGACUUAGUGCAUUCAAUGCCUGAUGGAACUGUGGAACUGAAUGCAAAUGCUGACUUUCAAGAUCGAUUAGGUUGUACCGAAAUGGAACAGGAAUGUUCCACUCCAGAUGGGUCUUUCAUUACAGUUAUAGAUCUAAAGGAUACAAUGAGAACUAAGUGUCAUGAGGUAGGAUAUGCUUCUGGGGAAACUUGUGCAACUGUUACUCAUGAUCACCAUGUUGGAUCUCCUAAGCUAAACGUGUUCAACCGUUCAAAUAUGACAGGCAUCUACAAUGUAGAAAGGAGAGUUCUUCCUACUGCUCUUUCACUGACAGGAGAAGAGGUCACCAAUUAUAUUGACUUGGUAUCACAGAACAGCGAACAACACAAAGAGCAAGGAAAUCAAGAUACUGAAUGGACUAACUCUUGUUGUAUGGAGUCAUCUGAACUGGAACAAUUUAAUGCACACAAAAACAAGCAUGAGAAGUAUAUGCAUAGCACACCUGAGCAUGAUGAAACCAAAUGGCCAUCUAAACCUGGAGCCAUCACUGACGUGGUCCCAUUUGCAAUUCAGAGUUUCGAUGAGCAUUUGGGACAAGAGUUUUUUGAAGACAAAGGAAUAUUGACCAAAGUACACAGUAUUUUAGAAGAUCAUGUUUUGCCAGAUGGACAUGAUAACAUGCCUGGAAUGAUGCAAAACGAUAUACCAAAGUUAGAAACAGUUGUUCCUCCUGAACAUAAUUGUCAGACAACUUUUGUGGUUUUUAGUCCUACAAAUGAAGAAAACUUGAUCUCCCCUCCUGCAGCAGGGUCAAAGAAUGAAACCUUUGCUGUGUUUGCCACGCCGGAAGACAUUGGUGAUGGACCUUCUAGUUUUGGAAGGAAUGUCCCCUUGGAAAAAGAGCAAAUCAGAAGGAGUUCACUCAAAAAUAAUGGUGAACGAAUUGCUAUUAAGUCAACAAACCGGUCUCCCCUUGCAGCUACCAUAACCAAAGCUAGGAAAGCAGAAAUAGUGAGCUUUCCAAAACCAAACUUUAAAAACAUCAAGCCCAAAGUGAUGUCCAGGCCUGUGUCUCAAUCAAAAGAGAGCACUGCAUUGAAAGUCACUCAAAGAUCUCCUCAACUGUCUGUUGCUUCCUCAUCCUCCCCAUCUUCUUCCCCGAGGCAACCACUGUCUUCGGUUGCAGUACUGAGGAAAAAAACUGACUUGGAUAGAGGCACAAAAGCAGAAAUACCAAUGAAUAAGACCCAUAAGCAACAUUUUAAUAAACACCUUCCUAGCCAAGCUCUGCAUGCUGCAACUCAUUCUGAAAACACUUCCCACAAGGUUCCAAAAACAACAGCAUUAAAGCAGAACAUGGAACAGGUAGAGAGAGCAAGAUGUUUUAAUUCAGCAUGCAGCUCUGUGGGUGUAACAUGCUCCCAGGACUCAGGUGGGAUAGCGUGCGACAAAAUGGAAACUGCUUUAAUUAGUUCUCCAGUAUUUCAAGAGGAGGAGCAACAGAUAGACUCCUUGGGUAUUCCAGCACAAAGUUCUCUUCCAGACACUACAAAUGAGGUUUUUAGACCUGCAUAUCUUCCUUUGGUUCCUGUGCCUAAAGCAGACAUAGCACAAGGUCAGACUAUAUCUAAGGAUAUCACCCUAAGGAGCAGAGCGACGUCCAAGAUCGCAUUCCAGUCCAGGAGGGGAAGUGAGAGUAAAAAUACUCAAGUAGCUAAAACUCCAUCUCCUCAAAGAACAGUUCGAUCAUCAAAUCCUGGAAUAGAAACUUCUAAGGGAAAGCAUGCCUCUCUGAAAUCCACCCCAGGAUCAUUCACCAGUUCUGGUAAACUGAUUCCCAAAUCAAAAGUGCCCUUCAAAGGAUCAGAAGUUCGAAGAAGCUCUAGCAUAUCUUCCAUAAGCAGCACUCAAAGCGACCAAAGUACUUGCAGCAAUAAUUCUACAAGUGCCACAAUUAUAAUCAAAAAUGGAGAAUGGCCUUCCAGAUCGGCUUGUCAAAACGGUACAGCUGGAUCCUUCCCGCUCAAGCCAGUGCCCAGGCCAAGAGUGGUUUCCCUGAGAAACACCCCCAAAGGAGCAAAAAGCAAAUUAGGAUCAGCAGGCCCAUGUGUGCCAAAAUCUGCAGGAUCAGUUUUUCCAGGAAGGAAAACCGGUGAUCCAAGAGGACGAUUGGGAUCUUUGGGACAAAAUGGAACCCAGAAUGGAUUGUCUGCAUUCAGUUCUGUUGACAAGGGUAAGCAGAAGAGUCCUAAGAACUCAUGCCUACAGACCCGGAUUGCUACUGCAGUGCAUCCCACAGAAACAAAAACACAUGAGUUGACACAAUACAAGAGAAAAUGUGAAAACCAAAGUGGAAUUAUCCAACAACUGAAGAAAUGCUUGGCAAGCAGUAAUCGGAAGUCUGAAGCGUUAGCUGUUGUGAUCCAACACAUCCAGUCCGAGAGAGAUGAAGUGUUAAAGCAAAGUAAAGAUUUGUGCCUAGAACUUGUCAAUGCUCGCUGCGAAUUCGCAAUGGUUUCUGCAGCCAGUCAGAAAUUGGAGAAAGAUAUAAAUGAUCAACAUGCAUUUUAUGAAGAAUUUGUGCAGAAACUUUACCAAAAGCAUCAAAGUGAUUUAUCUGAAUUGGAAGAGAGGCUAAAACAGUUCUAUACCGCAGAAUGUGAAAAGCUACAGAGUAUUUGUCUCGAUGAAGCUGAAAAAUAUAAAGCACAGCUCCAGGAGCAUGUUGACAAGUUGAAUAUUGCACAUGAAAACAGUAAGCUAGAGCGUGAAACUCAUCAUGCAGAAAUAAUAGAAGAAAUGAAGAGGAAUUAUGAAUCAUCCCUUUCAGAACUUAAGAACACCCAUGAAUCACAAAUAAAAAAGCUUGAAGAAUCUUUCAGCGAGAAACAAGUGGAGCUAGAGAAAAAAGUUGCUGACUUACAGAGUGAAAAUGAUUCCUUGAAUGAAAAGUUCAAAUUAGAAGAGCAAAAACAAAUAGCCAAAGAAAAAGCAAAUCUUAAAAACCCUCAGACCAUGUAUCUGGAACAAGAACUGGAAAGUCUGAAAGCAGUGUUGGAAAUCAAAAAUGAAAAACUACAUCAGCAAGAUAUCAAACUAUUGAAAAUGGAAAAACUGGUGGAGACCAACAAUACCUUGUCGGAAAAAACAAGAAAGGUCCAACAGGAGAACGAAGAAUUGAAAGCCCGCAUGGAUAGACACGUAGAGCUGUCCAGGCAACUGUCUUCUGAACAAGCAGUUUUACAAGAGUCGCUGGAAAAAGAAUCCAAAGCGAAUAAGAGGCUUUCCAUGGAAAAGGAGGAACUCUUAUGGAAGCUGCACAAUGGCGACCUUUGCAGCCCCAAAAAACUAUCCCCGAGCACUCCACCACCACCGUUCCAGUCCUCCAGCUCGUUCUCCAGCCCACCCAUUUCCCCCAGAUAAAAAUACCUUGAAGAUCUACUGACUCUACUGUUGAUAAAAUUACUGUAAAUACUAUAAAUAAAUACUAUAAAUAAAGUUCAGGAGCAGGAUUCAAAACAGUGCUUCUGCGUGUUUUUAUAAAAAACAGACUGAAGUAAUAUGUUGUUGCACAAAGCACUUAAAAGCAAGACUUGUCUUGUUCAUUUUGCCUUUUUUCAACUAACUUUAGGGUGAGAAAAAAUACUCAGGGGCUUAUAAAUAAAAAGAUCACAACGUUUAAUACGUUCCUUCUUAUAGAAUCAUUCUUGAGACUCUUGAGUGUGGCGUGAAUGAAUUGGAUGUAUCACACAAGAGCGUAUGUCUGUUGCUGCUGCCUUCAAUAUGUAUAUUGUAAAGGACAAAAGCUGAAGAAUAUAGCGACAUGUACUUCAUGAAUAAAAUACUGUCAUAAUGCAUGUUCUAUCAGUGGUUUCCCAUUACUGGGACUAAGGAACAACUGCCACUUGUGCUACAAGUUCUUAUCUAUUUCCGUUUAGUAAAAAGAUGUUACUUCUGUUUGAUUUUGUCAUUGUUUGCCUAUUUUAUAGAAUUUAUAAUAAGAGAUAAUCUCUUUAAACCAUAAUAUAUUGCUAAAAUGGUUUAGCCUGCCCAUUUAAAUGGUAAGUUUAUCCAAAUUAGAUGCCCCUCCUACAUAAAAUUCUCCCUUACCACCUAUAAAAUGAAACAAUAUAGUUGUAGAAAAUUCAGACAUGCACCCGAUUUCAAUGUCAGAAAUACAGAAAAAGGGGACUGACUUCACCCAUGGCUGCAGGAUUUUAAAAUAAGACAUACAGAUACUAUUACUUUAAAAUGAGCUAGAGCAUGUGGAAAUUUCCAAUUUUUCUCUCUUGCAUUUUGUAGAAUAAACAUCUUGAACUUUAUGCACUUUAACCUGUAAAUGCUAUGAGAGAGUCAUAUGCAGUUUAUAUGUAAUAAAUUUACCCACUCUUUUCAAUUGGGUGCAGGUUUCUGUAUCCUCAGUUUGAUUUGUCAGGAGGUUUCCUUCUGCCUUGAGUCAGCAAAAUUAAAUUGGAGUAUUAGCUGAAGUGAAAUGUUGAUGAUUGUCAUGUCAUAUAUAUUACAAAUUUAAAGACUACAUGGUGCAUGUCUGCUUGUCAAUGCCCUGUUCAAUUUUUUAGAUUUUGAUUUAAUCCCUUUGCUGUUGAGAAAUCACCUUGUUAGUUAAAGGCAACUAAAAUAUUGAGAAAGAUUAGUAGUGUCUAUUGCGCCAUCUAUGAAAUUGAAGGUUGUCUUAGCAAAAUCUUCCUUAAGUUGGAAAACAAAAUGUCAAAGCAAGUGUGUCUCAGAUGCAAAAAUGUUAGCUGUAAAGGAUUGUUAAAAAUCUAUUCUAUUGUUAGGGAAGCAUAUUAUAUUCAGUAAUACAAAAAUUCAAAGAUAAAGUGUUUUUAUUUUCUAUUGUAUAAAGUGUGCCUCCCCAUGGAACAUUUUAUUUGCCUGUACCUAUUUAUGGCAGUGUACAUGCCACUGUAGCUAGAGAUCUGAUUCAACUGUUGUCCAGAGAUUGAUUCAUAUGUCCAUAACAUCUGCUGUAGGUUGAAACCUGGCUUUAAAGUCUGUCUUGGAGCAAAUUAUUUCUUUUACCAAUUCAUACUUGUUCAUAUGUAUUUGAGUGUUGAUAAAUAAAAUACUUUUUUACUGAUUAA